AUGGGAACUCUCGGCUGGAUUGAAGCUUUCAUUCGACUUCUCAUGUUCUUUUUCGGAACCGUUGGGAACAGCUGUCUGUGGUUGUGUUCCCUGCCCGGGCCCCAAACCCCCCUGCGCACCAACGAGCUCCUCUUUUUAAACCUGGCCGCCUGCAACCUCCUGAACAACUGCCUGGUGGACCUCCCUGACACCAUGUCAGACUUUGCAGGUGAUUGGUUUAUGGGCAAAGCUUACUGCUCCAUCUUCCUCUUCUUUGCCGACUUGUCCGAGACCAGUAGCAUAUUCUCCACCUUGUUCAUCAGUGUGUUCUGGAACCAGAAGCUGGUGGGGUCUCUAAAACGCGGUGGGGCGCCCGUGCGUCUAGAUAACCUGCGGUUGGUGACCGUUCUGUUGGCCGGAAGCUGGAUAGUUUCUGUUGCCUUCAGUGUCCCACGUUGGUUUUUUUCGAGGUUGGAGGGGGAGAACACGAGCCGCAAGUGUGUAGAGUACUACCACUCAAAGACAGCCGUGCUGAUGUACGACUCUGUGUUCGUGGCGCUGGUUAACGCAGUCCCCAUAGCUGGUACAGUGUUCGCGAGCCUCCAGAUAGUUGUCACUCUUCUCCAGCACAGGACUCGUGUCCAGGGCCUGUCCGCCGAAUCCCACAACAACACAGGUAACGCUCCACCCAACGAAGAGACAACAAGAAGCACAAACAAUGAUCAGAGAAGCAGCGGUACUUCUAAAAACCAGGAGGGUCCAGUCAGUGACCUUGUCCGGACGCACAUAGCGGAACGUAACCCGGGCUCCAGCUCUCAGGUGAGGGCAGCCAAGAGCGUGUUGGCCGUGGUCACGGUGUUCCUGGUGUGCUGGCUAACUCAUCUCCUAGUCCGCAUCACCAGCAGCAUCCAUAACUCCACUCUGAUUUCGGAUAUUGCCAGCUAUACUGCAGCCUCCUACCCCAGCAUCAUCCCCUACAUCUUUCUGUACGGAGCAAAAAAACUGACUUCUCCGAAACAACUCCUGCAGAAGCUAAUUAAGACAGUUAGGCUUCUGGUGCACUGCCGUGGUGUUGCCUGA